AUGUCCGGUCUCCAGAACUCACCCUUUGGCAAACGCCUACGCGCCGCACAGAACGACGAGGACGCUCACCGACGGAACCGUCCUCGUGUCAACCAAAUCUUUGGAUCUGCGGCGGUGCCUGGGUCAACGCCCUCGCUCGAUUCGCGCCCGACGACGAGCGACAGUGGCGUGUUCGAGUCACCGGCGGACGCGCCCGGACCUUCAAGAGGACACGACUACGGCGACCGGUUCGUGCCAUCGCGCGACGCGGGGGACAUGCGCACAUCGUACCACCUCAUGGACGAGUCCCCGACAGCGACACCGUCAAAGAACCGCAUCAUACCGACGGAGUCCGACGCGCUCAAAGAGCAGGCCAACGCGAUCUUCACGUCCAUCCUUCACACGGAGGUUACUCCGUCGUCACCCGUGCGUUCUUCGUCCCCUACACGGCCGGCCACAAACGCGCCUCUGCCGUCUACGCCAACCCGCCGGCGACUGUUCAACUACAACUCACCCUCCCGUUCGAAUCCGGCCACACCGACGCGACGACUGGAUACGCCCGUCGACGAGGCUUACUCAAUCAGCCCUGUGCGCGCAGAAAGCCGGCAGCUCCUGGAAAGCCCUCGGCGACAGCUCCGGAGCGUGUGCAAGACUCCGUACCGCGUUCUGGAUGCGCCAGAACUUGCGGACGACUUCUAUCUGAACCUGGUUGAUUGGUCAAGCACAAACGUCCUGGGUGUGGGGUUAGGGUCGUGUGUGUAUCUUUGGACAGCGCACACGGCACAGGUGUCGAAGCUUUGCGACCUAUCGGAUUCGAACGACACUAUUAGCUCGGUAUCAUGGGUACAAAAGGGCUCCACCCUCGCAGUCGGUACACUAUCUGGUCGGCUCCGAAUUUACGACGCAAGCACCCUCCAACUCACUCGAACCUAUCAACAAGCGCAUACGCAGCGCAUCGGUGCCCUCUCUUGGAAUCAGCAUAUCCUCAGUUCUGGCUCACGCGACCGUAUGAUACACCAUCGAGAUGUCCGUGACCCAUCCGUCAAGCCGUUUAAACGCGCGCAGGGCCACCGACAAGAAGUGUGUGGCCUGCGGUGGAACAGCGAUGCCGGGCCGCAAAGCGCGCUCCUGGCGAGUGGCGGCAAUGACAACAAGGUGUGCAUAUGGGAUUUGCGUGGCGGGAAGCGACCGCAAGCGGGCGCGGCACCGAGGGCGAGCAGUGCGGGUGGUGCAAGCAGUGCUGGGGAAGAUGCGGGCGAGUCACCGCUAUGGAAGUUCCAUCAACACACGGCUGCGGUCAAGGCCCUUGCCUGGGAUCCGCACGUAUCUGGCGUCUUGGCCACAGGGGGAGGAACCGCAGACAAACAUAUUCGGUUUUGGAAUGUGUUUAACGGCAACAUGCUAAAUGAGCUGGACACCGGUAGCCAGGUUUGUAACCUCACCUGGUCGCUCAAUUACCACGAGCUUGUGUCCACGCAUGGAUUCUCCUCCACCACCGCUCAGCACCAGAUAUGCGUUUGGAAGUAUCCUUCACUUGACAUGGUUGCCUCUUUGACAGGGCAUACGUAUCGCGUACUGUACCUGGCGAUGAGUCCUGACGGCGAGACGAUUGUCACCGGCGCUGGUGACGAGACCCUGCGAUUUUGGAACGCCUUCCCCAAACGCGACAAUCAAGAGACCAAGCGCGAAAGCCGGCUCGACUAUGGUCGACUCAUCCGAUGA